AUGUCUUCCGGCGAGAACAUGGACCCUGAAAAGGGCCCCGGAGAAGAGAUCAAACAAGACACAUACGAUGGGGUCGACCGCAAACACUCUCUAGCCGACCGAAAGUCUUCGGUGGCCGGAUCAGUCAUCGCCGCCGGUCUUCUCGAUGAGCGAUACCUCACCACCAAGCGAGGUCUGAAGAGCAGACACGCCCAAAUGAUCGCCCUGGGUGGCACAAUUGGUACUGGUCUAUUCGUCGGUUCUGGCGCAACGCUUCACCUAGGAGGUCCUGCCUUCAUCUUGGCCUCCUACAUCCUCAUAACGGUCCUGGUAUACUGCGUCGUGACUGCCAUCACUGAAGUCGCUGCGUAUCUUCCCGUCCACGGCGGCACCAUGUCCUACUACGGCUACAGAUAUGUUUCCCGAUCUAUGGGUUUUGCCCUCGGCUACCUGUACUGGUACGCUCUUGGAAUUCUGGUCCCCUACGAAAUCACAGCGGCAGGCUUGGUCAUUGACUACUGGCCCAACGACGUCAACAUUGCCGUGUGGAUGACCAUCAUGCUCGUUGUCAUCAUCGGCCUCAACUUCCUCCCUGUCCGAUUCUACGGAGAGACAGAAUUCUGGUUUGCCGGGACGAAGGUUAUUCUCAUGAUUGGUCUAUUGAUGUUGAGUUUCAUCUUGUUCUGGGGAGGUGGCCCAUCGCACGACCGCCUUGGAUUCAGAUACUGGAACGACCCUGGCGCAGCAAACACGUACCUCGUGAGCGGCGAUACCGGCCGCUUCGUUGCCUUCUGGCAGACGGUCGUCAAUUCCGUGUUUCCAUUCACCUUUGCGCCCGAACUUCUAGUCGUCACCGGUGGAGAGAUGGAGUCUCCACGUCGCAACCUCCCCAUCGCUUCUCGACGCUACUUCUACCGUCUCGUCGUCUUCUACGUGCUGGGUGUCUUAGCCAUCGGCGUCACCUGUCCCAGCAAUGACCCACGCUUGACCGAUGGUGGUGCCGGAGCCAAAUCUUCGCCUUACGUCGUCGCCAUCGCCAACGCUGGUAUCGACGUCCUCCCUUCGAUCGUCAACGCCGUCAUCCUGAUCUCCGCCUGGUCUUCCGGCAACUCCUUCCUCUACAUCUCCUCCCGUGCCCUGUACAGUUUGGCCGUGCAAGGCUCCGCCCCGCGCAUUUUCAAGGCCUGCAACCGCUGGGGUGUCCCCUACAUGGCCGUCGGCUGCUCAUCGCUUUUCUGCGGUCUCGCGUACCUCAACGUCGCUUCCAACGGUUCCACGGUCUUCUCGUGGUUUGUGAAUCUUACAAAUACAUGGGGCAUGACCUCGUGGGUCUGCUGUAUGAUUGUGUAUUUGCGCUUCCGCAAAGCCUGCACCGUCCAAGGCAUCCAGCCCAUCUACCGCAACUGGAUUCAGCCCUACGGCGCAUGGGUCGCGAUGUUCAUGUUUACGCUCCUGUGCCUGAUCAACGGCUUCACCGUCUUCUUCCCGUCCGAAUGGUCCGCCUCGUCCUUCCUGACCGCCUACAUCGGCAUCCCCAUCUUCUUCGUCAUGUACUUUGGCCACCGCGUCAUCUUCUGGCGCGACAAGUGGGCCUGGGAUCCAGCGGAGAUUGACAUGCAGACCGGUCUCCAGGAGGUCAUUGACGCAGAGAAACCCAUCGUCAUUCGCAAGGGCUGGAAGAAGAUACUCUAUAUUAUCGAGUAG